ACCCCUCGCCUUCUCCAGGUACAAUGCCUCGUCAUGAUGACCGCCAUGGUGGUUCACGGCUCUAUGUUGGCCGCUUGUCAUCUCGGACAAGAUCACGCGAACUUGAAGACGUAUUCAGCAGAUAUGGAAGGUUCCUUGGCUUUUGCCAAACCUGGAGGUCUUGGUGAGAGGUCCAAUUGGUGGAUUUGGCGAGUCUUUCUAUAAUUUAUUGCGUUUUUUUAUGGAAAUGGCAACAAUCUCAAAGUGGUGUUUAGUUCAUCUGUGAGGGGCGAAGUCUCAUCCCUUUGAUGCUUGUAUCAUGAUGGCCUUACUGUUUAUGGAACCCGUUUACGCAGAGUACGUGAUGUGGAUAUGAAGCGCGACUUUGCCUUUGUUGAAUUUAGUGACCCCCGGGAUGCUGAUGAUGCAAGAUAUAGCCUGAACGGUCGUGAUGUUGAUGGGAGCCGGAUAAUUGUGGAAUUUGCCAGGGGGGCACCACGUGGUCCUGGUGGAUCUCGGGAGUAUCUUGGGAGAGGCCCUCCUCCAGGAUCAGGGCGCUGUUUUAAUUGUGGGCUGGAUGGACACUGGGCUCGAGAUUGCAAGGCUGGAGACUGGAAGAAUAAGUGUUAUCGUUGUGGGGAACGAGGCCACAUUGAAAGAAAUUGUCAGAAUAGUCCAAAGAAAACAACUAAACGUGGGCGUAGUCUCUCACGUUCACCAAGUCCAAGGCGGGGUAGAAGUCGAAGCCGUAGCUACAGCAGGGAUCAUAGUUACAGCCGUUCCCGCUCACCCGUGAGGGGAGAACGGAGUUUGGAGAGAAGAUCAAGGAGUCCUCAUGACAGCCGGAGCCCUAAGCGUCGCAGGGGUUCACCACCACUCUCCAAGGGGAGGAAGCAUGAUAGAACUCCCGAAGGGAGGAGCCCACAAGAGCGGGGUAGCCUCUCCCCGCAGGAUCGCAGAUCUGACGACAGUAGGAGUCCCAGGGCAAAGAGCAGAAGCCCUAUAAAUGAUGUUGAAGGCGACAGCAAUGGAGAUAGGAAGCAUAGAAGCCCUGUUGAAGAAAACAGCCGCAGCCGCAGCCCAAGCCCUGUCCGCAGGAGUGAUGAUGAAGACAUCCCUGGUUCCCCGAGAGGCAGUGAAUCACCAGCUUAAAUGCACUGUUCUCCAAUGACGUGCGGAUUUUACAUGAAAACUGUAUCGCGACAACUUCUUUGCUUUAAGUGGGUUCUGUUUAUUGUUCUCUAGCUCCGAAUUUUGAACUUACUCUUUUUUUUUUUUCGGAUUAUGGAUUUCUGUGGGCAAUAGAUAAAUUAUGUUUGGGAUCCACCAAUUUUUAAGUUC